AUGGGGUCAAAAGUGCAAGCUCUGUCCUCAGCCUCUCACGCCUUCCCAGCUUUCUCAGCCCCAGGGAACUUGUCUAGCAAAACCAUCGUGAGGAGCCAGAGCAGCAGCCGCUGUGGCUUUAGUUCCAGCUCAGCCAGAGUCCCUGGGCUCAGCCGCUCCGGCUUCAGCAGUGUCUCUGUGUGCCGCUCCAGGGGCAGUGGCGGCAUUGGGGCAGCGUAUGGAGGAGCUGGCUUUGGCAGCAGGAGCCUCUAUGGCCUGGGAGGUUCCAAGAGGAUCUCCAUCGGAGGGGGCAGCUGUGCCAUCGGAGGAGGAUAUGGCAGCAGAGUUGGAGGUGGCUUUGGCUUUGGAGGUGGAGCCGGCAGUGGAUUUGGUUAUGGUGGUGGAGUUGGUAGCGGUUUUGGGCUCGCUGGUGGAGUUGGCUUUGGUGGUGGCUAUGGGGGCGCUGGCUUCCCCGUGUGUCCCCCAGGUGGCAUCCAAGAGGUCACGGUCAAUCAGAGUCUCCUCACUCCUCUGAACAUGGAAAUCGACCCCACCAUCCAGCGGGUGAGGACGGAGGAGCGUGAGCAGAUCAAGACCCUCAACAACAAGUUCGCCUCCUUCAUCGACAAGGUGCGCUUCCUGGAGCAACAGAACAAGGUCCUGGACACCAAGUGGACCCUGCUCCAGGAGCAGGGCACCAAGACAGUCAGGCAGAACCUGGAGCCUCUGUUUGAGCAGUACAUCAACAACCUCAGGAGGCAGCUGGACUCCAUCCUUGGAGAGAGAGGCCGCCUGGACUCAGAGCUGAGGAAUAUGCAGGACACAGUGGAGGACUACAAGCACAAAUAUGAAGAUGAAAUCAACAAGCGCACAGCAGCAGAGAAUGAAUUUGUGACCUUGAAAAAGGAUGUGGAUGCUGCCUACAUGAACAAGACUGAACUGCAAACCAAGGCAGACAGCCUCAUCGAUGAGAUCAACUUCCUGAGAACCUUGUACGAGGCCGAGCUGGCUCAGAUGCAAACCCACAUCUCAGACACUUCUGUGGUCCUGUCCAUGGAUAACAACCGCAGCUUGGACCUGGACAGCAUCAUUGCUGAAGUCAAGGCCCAGUAUGAGGAGAUCGCUCAGAGAAGCCGGGCUGAGGCUGAGUCCUGGUACCAGACCAAGUAUGAGGAGCUGCAAGUCACAGCAGGCAGACACGGGGACGACCUGCGCAACACCAAGCAGGAAAUCGCUGAGAUCAACCGCAUGAUCCAGAGGCUGAGAUCUGAGAUCGACCACGUCAAGAAGCAGAGGACCUCUAUCAGAGGGGGCAGCUGUGCCAUCGGAGGAGGAUAUGGCAGCAGAGUUGGAGGUGGCUUUGACUUUGGAGGUGGAGCCGGCAGUGGAUUUGGCUGUGCUAGUGGAGUUGGUAUUCAUUUUGGGCUUGGUGGUGCUGGCUUUGGUGGUAGCUAUGAGGAUGCUGGAUUCCCUGUGUGCCUCCCUGGGGGCAUGCAGGAGUUCACCAUCAUCCAGAUUCCUCUCACUCCUCUGAACCCCUGGAAAUUGACCCCACCAUCCAGCAGACGAGGCCUGAAGAGUGGUAGCUCAAGAUCCUCAACAAGUUUGCCUCCUGCGUAG